AAAGCACAUCUUGUGAUUGUGAAUUUGAUUGACUUUGUGAAUAUUUGUGAAUUAUUUUGAAUGAAAAGUGUAUAUAGCGUAUAAAUAAAUAUAACUCAGAAUUAGAGAAUUAGGAAAUGUGAAAAAAAUCUUAAUUUACAAACUCAGUCGUCAUGUGUCGCAAAUUUUUAUGGUGUUACGUAUUUGUAUUAAUUUUGUUGGAUUUAUCCCUGAAUUCUAAGCUGACAGCUCUAGGAAAAAGCCAUGAUGUCACCAUACAAGACUCCUUUAGAGAAGGAAUGCCCUUUCAGGAGUGGGAUAAAGAAGUAUGGGGAGAGAGUGUGGGUAAUAUGGAAACGGAAGACGAAGGGGAACCCAUAGAAGGUGUGUCGUUGGACCCUCCAGUGCUGAAGUUUGGGCAGUCGGCACUGGCUACUCCGCAUGCUCGAAGUGUGACAAUCACCAACACUGCAAACACUACAAUACAUCUCGCAUCUGUCGCUGGCACAACUCCAGAUUUCCACGCUUCCUUCUUUGAAUCUAAGACUCUGGCGCCACAAGGCAAUACAACGUUCACAGUAGUCUACCUCGGCCGUAGAGAAGGCCCGGUGUCCGCCCGCCUCUACAUUCACACGUCACUAGGAAUCCAGAAAUAUACGGUGUCAGCGGUGGGCGUGGCUAGCGAGUACGACGUGUGGCCGCUGGUCGGCGUGCGCGUGCCGCUCAACGCUACCGUCGAGUGGGAGCUACGACUGCACAACCCCACCGCUACAACCAUACAGGUGACGGAGGUGUACUCUUCGGGAGCGUGGCUUUCACUCGCUCUGCCCAGCGGCGGCGAGCGCGGCGCGCGGGCCCUUUGGAGCGUCCCGCCACGUACGACGCGCGCGCUCGUGCGUCUCCGCGCCGCACCCGCGCCGGCCGCGCAGCCGCUAACUGCCUACGUGCGAGUUAGGGGCGUGCCCGGCGGCGACCUGGUGCUGCCCGUCACUGCGCGCGCCGCCCCGCCCGGCGAGUACGCGAGACCGCUGCAAGUGCGACAACGGCCUAGCGGGACCCGAGAUCCGCCGUAUACGGUUGAAAUAGAGAUGGCUAACAGCGGCGCGGCGACUAUAACAUUGGAAGGCGGCGUGCGGGGGGCGUGUCGCGCGGCGCCCGCACCCGAUCCUUGCCAGCAGCAGCCGCGUCGUGCCAACGGGGCCAGUGCGAGUGGAGCUCAGCUGACAAUGUUGCGCACACAGCUGGAGCCCGACCAGGAGUUCACUCCUGUCGCGCGGCUCACACUUGAUUACGGCGCUCUGUGGGCGCAGGCUACGGGGUCAGGGGAGGCGGGGCAGGCGGAGGGGGCGUGGUGCGCGGGCUGUGUGCGGCUUGGCGACGCGCUAGUACCGUACAGCGUGCGCGUGCUGCCCGGCGCGCUCGUCAUCACGCCGCCGCAGCUGUUGUUUGUGACGUCGAUGGGUGCGGAAGCGCGGCGCGCGCGCAUCGUGACGGCGCUCAACGAGUUCCGCGUGCCGCUGCGGGUACACGCGCUAACCGUUCCACCCGAACUCACUGAACAUUUCAAAAUAGUGGAUCACACGCCGCUAACAAUAGAGGCGGGGGCGUCGGUGACGUUACUGGAGCUGCAGCUGCUCGGCGAACCCGGCCCCGAGCUGGCCUUCGACGUGCAGUUCGCGCUGCACACCGACCUGUCCCACUACCUGAUACCGCUGCGACUGUACAGCGGCAAUUUGACAUUUGAAUGGGAGUGGGGUCAGCGAGGCGGUGAGACGGUGCAGCUCGGCACGUUGGGUACGUCGACGACGCGCCGUGUGGGCGUGCGUGUACGCAACCCCGCCCCUCUCGUGAUGUGCGUGACGCGCGUCGCGGUGACGUUACCGGGCGCGGCGCUGGCGCUGCCCGGCCCGCUGCCGCACUGUAUAGAGGGCGGGGGCGGGGCGCAGGCGUGGCUUACCGUGGUGGCGCCGGCGCGAGAGGGCGAGCUGCGAGGAGAGGUGGCGCUCCACACGGAACACGCGCGCUCGGCCGUGCAGAUAGCCCUGCGUGUUCGCAACGGCCGCCUGCGAGUCGCUCCGCUGCGACUGCCACCGAGCGCGCCGUAUACACGCUCGACUGCGGACUUGGUGGUCAACAAUACGAUGUCGGUGAGCAUGAAAGUGACUGAAGUACGGCAACCCGACCCGGAUCCUGCAGUUGUGUACGAUUCUCUUAAAGACGAGGUGGAAGCGGACGGCUUGCACACGGUCGGACGUGUGAGUUACGAGCCCGAGCGUGCCUGCCACCCGAACUGCUACACUGGAUUGAAUCUCGAUGAACCGGAGGGCGUGGAGUGGGCGCGGCGCGGUUCGGCGUACGACGACACGGCGCUGCAGGCGGACCUGGCGUUGUUGCGCGCGCGACUCGCAGCGCACGCGCACGUUGCUGCAUUGCCGCCCGUUAACGUCACGUUAUUGCUGCACACCGACGAGGUGGUACAGACGCGCGUGUCGGGCACGGUGCGUGCACGCUGGCCGCGUCUGGCGCCGGCGGGGGCGGGGGACGCGGGGCGCGGCGCACUACGCACGUCGCUGCCGCUUCGUGUCCCGCUCUACAACCCCGCGCGAGUACCGCUGCUGCUGCACGCGCGCCUCGCCCAGCCGCUCACGGAUCUGCCCGACUUGGCGCGGAGUGAUACGUCAUUCUGUAUGUCGGAGAAGUGCACGUGGUUGAAGGAGGCGUUUAACCUGACCGGGUGGCGGGUGACGAAGGGUGGAGCUCGGGUGUGGCGCGAGGGGGCGGGUUCGGAGACGCUCGAGGGGGCGGCGGAGCGGCCGGACGAACUGCCCCCCCUCCUACUGGCGCCGCUGGCUGAGGUCGAGCUGGCGCUUUUGUUUACGCCGCUCACACAACACCCGCUUACCGCACAGCUUCUUUUGAGGAAUAACCUAACUGUAUUGGAAGCGGUAGAUCUAUACGGGCACGGGGAGUAUCCUUCGUUUGACCUGGCGGGCCGACGACCUGGCGCUGCCUCACCAUUUCUGUUCGAGGUGAAAGAUUGUUCCUGGGGCGAGGGCGGUGCGGUGGAGCGCACGUUAACGCUGCGCAACACGGGGCGCGUGGGCGUGCAGCUGACUCGGUGGGCAGUGGGCGGGGCGCGCGGGGCGUGCUCUGGGCGCGGGUUCCGCGUGCGGCCGUGCGUCCCGCUCGUCGUGCCGCCCGCCGCCGCCGCCGACCUGCACGUCACCUUCGUGCCCGACUACACGCUCGCCCGCGUCACCGCGCCGCUGCGGGCGUUCACGCCUCUCGGGCCGGUCGAAUAUUCUCUGCGAGCGACUAUACCGAUGCGUGUACUAGCCGAGUGCGCGGCGACCGCUCCGCGGCCGCCGUGGGAGAAUGCGGUGCGGGUUCUCGGGGUCGCAGUGGCGUUAGCCGCUCUGGCGCUCGUGCUGGCGGCGGGCGCACUGGACGCUGAGCGGCUGCUGCGACGCGCGCGGGCCGCUCGCUCGCCGGAGCGGCCGAGCGCCCCGCUCGAUCUCCGGGCCCUCCGCCCUCCCGCCCCGCUGCCGGCUCAGAAGGCGCCCACUCGACGUCGGCGGGCCGCGCGGAAGCCGCCCCCGCCCGAUCCCGCCGCCUCGGCCGCAGAGAGACGCGCGUUCGAGCGCUGGCGCAGCGAGGUGCUCCGGCGCGAAGACGACACGUCGCGCUCGAGCGAGGACGACGCGCCCUCCACGCCGCCCGUGCCGCCCGACACGCGUCCGCCGACGCCCCCCGCUCCGCCCCAGCAGAAUGGAGAUGACGCCGCCACUAGCGGCUCCGACGUAUCUAAUAUUUCAAACCUGUCGAGUACGUCGACGCCAGUGGAAGAACAGGAAGCGGACGAAUGCUACGGCGGCGACGUGGAGCCGAGCCCCCGCGAUCUGUCGCCCGCGACUCCGCCCGGCCCGCUGGGGACGACUCCAGAGCCGGAAGUCAUACCGGAUGUGCUGCGAAUCGAUCCGCCGAAAGCGACGCGGGUGUCGCGCGCUCGUCGGGACCCGGGCGACACGACGAGGCGGGAGCGGCGACCCGAUAACGAGAGACGCGUGCUCGUGCGGCCCCACGCGCGCAAGGAGCGACCCCGUCGACGAGAGCGCGCCCCCUCUCCGCCCGCGCCCCCCGUCGAGGAAGAUACGUGCGAAGCGCCCGAGGAGGUGACGGAAGCCAGAGGAAACGUGCGUUGGGGCGCUUCGUGGAGUUCAGUGGUAGCGGGGGCGCCUCUGGCACCCAUCGGCUCGGACGUCCGCCGCCGGGAGGCGGAUCGCGCGGACCAAUCGCUGUUCUACUUCAACGGUGAACGCCGCGCCGACACAGUUGCCUGGCAGCCCCCGCCCGCGCCGGAGCCACCGCGACCGCCCUACAUACCCGGUGCCAGAGAUUUCAUGGAGGAGUGCGGUGGCGUGGCAGGCGGGUGGUGGGGCGGCGCAGGCGGCGGGUGGAGCGCGUGGGGAGCUCCGCCCCCACUGCGGCCGCCGCCGGGCUUCGCGUCGCCGCCACCCCCGCGACCGUUCGACCCGUUCCGCUCGCUGGCGUCCAUCUGGGCGCCGGCGCCGCACGACUGGCGCGUGGCCGAUGAUCCGCCUCGCACGCCCCCCGCGCGCCGCUCUCCCGCCGACGACCCCCUCGCCCGCAACGGAAACGAUCAAACCCAUUAAACUACUAUAUUGCCAGAUACCAAGUUUUUGCUGUUGCGUUAUUAUUGUAAUCGCUUUUUCAAGAAUUUAGUUGUUUUGUACCACAAUUAUUGUAAUGACGAUUUUUAUAAUGUCUGAGCGGUAUUUGUCUUUCAAGAAUAGGAAUCUGGCAAUAAAGAUGAUCAAACCGAACAAAUAUUGGCCUGUACUAUGUCUUACCUCUCUUAUUUACGGAGGCGAGGCGGCGCGCUAGUCAAUACUUCACACGUCGCUCUCGCCGAUCCUUCCAUUUAUAUAACAAAAUAAUAAAUUUUCAUUCUUGAGAUCUGAAGUUUUAUGUUUAAUGUUUAUUUUUUGUAAGUUAACCAAGGCCUCGUUUGGAUAACAUUUUGUGUAAUACAUUGAGACUCGUUUUUAAGGACCUACGCAAGUCUAGUCGAGUUUACAUUGUGUCAGUGUUUUGUGUGACACCAGUUUUCCUACAUGAUUGUCUGUUAAAGACUGAUUAAAAUGUCACUCAAAGUA